AUGAACGGGCGGUACUACGACGACGACGCCGGCGGCGGUCGUUUCAUUCCGUGGUGCGAUGCGCUACUGGUGCUGCCGGCGUGCUAUACGGCGCACUGGCGAGACUCCGACUACGACGUCGACGACGAGGCGCGUUUCGCCACGGGCGUUUGCUGCGCGGCGGCAGUGCUCGAGCGGUGGAAGGUGUGUCCUUCGGUAUGUUGGUGCGGCGGUGCGAGCCGGGCCUGGUGCGCAUCGUGCCGCGGGAUCGCGACCCUCCUGACGGACUUCAGGCACGGCGCUCUGACGGCCUGCGCGGUGUUGGCGUUGGGUCCGGCGGGGCUGGACGCUGCGUCAAUGGUGAUGUCAGCAAUUCGGUCGGACAGCUACUGGUUCAGCGGGUGUGCACCACCCUCCAAGGUGGAAGAGGGCGUCCAGCUCAAUGCCUGUUCUGAUGCCCACCAUGAUGCCUGA